AUGUCGCAACUUGACAGCAAGUUGGUCGUUAAUUUAGUUUCAUUGAUAAGCAGUGAUGAGGACUUCACCAGCGCCUUUUAUUUCGACCCAUCAGAUGAAAAAUGUUCUUUGGAGGAGACACUUUCAAGUGGAAUCGGUACCCUGCCUGCUAUAACAUGGCACUCGGAAAUACCACUAAUGUUGCAUCGAUUUGUUGGAGAGGGUCUGUUGGUGUUGGCUUGUCUGCCGGAAAUGCGAUGGAAGGAUCUACUGACCAGCUUAUCAAAGAGUUUGCGGUUCCGAAGACAGGCCCGGGUUAUUAUUGAGUUGAGCACGCAAUUAGACGAAAGUUUAGUUAAUGAAGUGCUGCGGUUCUGUCUGAAUCAAGAUAUGAAUAAUGUGAACGCAAUUUUUGCCAACUUCAAUGAGACGGCAACUAUAUAUGGCUAUGAUGCCUACCCGGAAUUUAAAAUCACGACUCAUUUCUUCAGCGGAGACAGUAAGGUGACCACUCUCUAUCCAAACAAGAUGUUGAAUCUUCAUGAAGGCAGGAUUCGAACCAUGCCAGACUACUCUGAACCAAACACGCUUCUUUACGUGGACAAAGAGGGCCAUCGACACAUUCUGGGUUACUUGUGGGACAUGAUGGAGGCUUAUGCUCGAAAGUGCAAUGCCAGCCUGGAAGUUGUUAAUAAGUACGCAGACGGCAGGACCCUGAACUACGUUGAAAUCAUAGAUGUGGCCCAAACUGGGGUCGUAGAUGUGUCCGCCAGCAUUCAGCCCAUGUCAAUGGCUGAAGUUGAUGUUCAUCAGUUUUCAUAUCCGGCUGAUUUGGCCAGCUGGUGCACAAUGUUGCCAGUGCAGAGGGAUCUUAAUGUGUCAGAAAUACUGACCAGGGUGACACCCAUUAUCACCUUUUCUUUCAUAGUGGCUCUAUGGAUUGUCUACCAAAUUUUGAAAGGACGUUGGCGCUUUCAUCGAAGGCUAAAAACGAUCGGAUGGCAGUUUUUAGUCGUUUUGGUGAGUGCAAACUACGUGAGUAAAUUAUUAACAUUUCUGGCAGCUCCUCCUGCCUUACCGCCGCUGCACAGCCUACAGGACCUAAUCGAUUCCCCGGUAAGGAUCCUUUCACUUCGCAACGAGUACAAAGUAAUGGAAUUCACCCUGAGAACCAAGUAUUCCGCCGCAUUUCGUCUAAUUGAUAAGGCCACCGUUCUGAUUUCAACGCGCAACUCGUUAAACACAUCCUAUGGCUAUACCACCACCAGCACCAAGUGGAAGCUCUUUGAGGAGCAUCAGAAACGAAGCUCCAGACCCUUGUUUCGCUACUCCAAGGAUAUAUGCUUUUUUGAAAUGGUCCUGUUUGGACUUUCUAUUCCUGAGAACUCCCCUCACCGUGUUCCGCUCAAGGACUUCAUUAUGCAGUUGUGGCAAUCUGGCUUAUUCAACUUUUGGGUCUCCAGAGGCUUCUCAUACAUGGUGAAAGCUGGAAGAAUAGACAUCAAGGAUCUAAGGCUGCGACACCGGGCCCAUGCACUAACCAUAGCAGAUCUGAGCCACGUACUUCUAAUAUACUGUAUCGGUAUGCUAAUUAGCUUCGUUCUGUUUACCUUUGAGCUAAUUGUUAGCUGGGUAAAGUCCUGGCUUGGCUUUUAG